AUGGAGAAAAAAUUCUCAACUCUCGCUGUAGAGGAGAAGGAAAAAGACGAUGAUGUCGAUCGGCGAUGUGGCGUUGGUUGUUUUAAACCAAACUGGCUUCAAAAAAUGGCUGAUCCAAAAGUAUAUCUUGUCAUAUUCUGCAUAGUUGGUGUCAUAGAAGGAGCUUAUUUCACGUACUUCGUUGGCGUACUUACCACAUUGGAGAAAAGAUAUGCAUUUGAAAGCAAAAUAUCUGGCAUAAUAUUGAUUGCUGACAACAUUAGUGCAACUUUUGUCAGCUUAAUUGUCGGUUAUUGUGGUAGUAAAGGACAUAAACCACGAAUGAUUGCUUUUGGAAUGGUACUUUCUGCCAUCAGUUGUUUCAUCAGCGCUGUACCUUAUUUCAUAUAUGGACCAGCUUUGCAUUUCUUGUCACGUGACAGUAGCAGUUUUGGCAACAAAGAACAGGAGUUCUGCAGCGACGAACCCCACGCAGAACAUUGUGAGAAUCCAGAAAAUCAUGCCAUGCUUCCAGCUGUUACCAUUUUUUUCUUCGCGAACUUCCUUAAUGGUUUCGGAUACACAGCUUACUACACCGUUGGUGCCCCCUAUUUGGAUGAUAAUGUGAAGAAGAAAAACUCUCCAAUGUAUUUUUGUGCCAUGGCUGCCCUUAGAAUAUUUGGACCAGUCCUUGGAUUUCUAUUGUCCUCCUUUUGUCUAAAGUAUUAUGAAGAUCCUUUUUAUGAUCCGAAUAUUGAUGUUCUUAACCCAAGAUGGGUUGGAGCCUGGUGGAUGGGGUUUAUAAUAAUCGGAGUUAUCCUUUUAGCAUUUACGGCCCUCAUAGCCUUGUUUCCAAGGGAACUACCAGAACGGUUCAGGUCUGAGAAAAAAGAAAAAACAAAGAAAGAAGAAAAUUCUGAAGGAAAAAUGCCGAAGUUAAAAGAUUUCCCGAAUGCAGUGAAAAGAUUGGUGAAGAAUCCAAUUCUUGUGUGCCACGUAAUCAGUGUUACUUUUCAAGUAAAUGGCUUUGCCGGAUAUUUCGUGUUCAUGCCGAAAUUUAUGGAAGCACAGUAUAAGAAGUCCGCAUCUGAUGCCAGCUUAUUUUCAGGGACUACGGGUAUUGUGGCGAUGCUUCUUGGAGUUUUACUAGGAGGCUUUAUCAUAAAAAAAUACAGACCCCGUCCGAAAUACCUCACUGGAUAUAUGGUCAUUGUUGAGAUCUUUUCUGUCCUUGGUUUAUUAAUAUCUAUAUUUCUUGGAUGCGAGCCUAAUUCUCUACCAGGAACGACAGAGUAUGAUGAUGAGACUUUAAAUCUUUACAACGCUUGCAAUAGAGAUUGCAGCUGUACCAGGAGGGUGUUCGAGCCCGUAUGCGCUCCUGACGGAACAUCCUUGUUCUUUUCGCCUUGUUUCGCUGGUUGUCCAAACGUUACAGGACUUGUUUCAUCAAUGGUUACAACGACUGCUUCAACAAUAAAUAAUUCAACUAUAUUUGAAGACUGCAAAUGUCUCAUCGGAUCAAAUAGCACUUUUAUUACGGCGAAUGUAACGAGCGGUUUUUGUCCAAGUGGAUGUAAUAUGUUCAUUGCCUACAUCAUCAUACUGUGCAUCAGCAAGUUUAUUUCAUCAACAGCUCGAGUUGGAAACACGCUUAUUACUUUUAGGUGUGUCGAAUCAAAAGACAAAAGUUUUGCACUUGGAGCUAUUGGAAGCAUUUUAUCUCUAUUCGCCUUCAUCCCAUACCCAUUAAUAUACGGAGCCUUGACAGACUCUACUUGCUUAGUGUGGGAAGAAAGCUGUUCCAAAACAGGAAACUGUUGGCUGUAUGACAGUGACAAAUUCCGGUAUUAUUUGCAUGGGAUGUCCAUGUUGCUCAUCAGCAUAGGCAUAUGCUUUGAUGGCAUAGUGUUCCUUUUGAGCGACAGAAUGACCAAUUUCUACGGAGAAGAAGACGAAGAUAAACGAGGAGAAGAAAGAAUUACGCGAUGGUUAAAAGAAGAAGAUGAUGAUGACGUUAUAUUUACAAGAUGUCCAAGAAAAGAACCUGCAGCUGAAAUGAGCCAUGUCAUGUAACUUAAAAACUGAAAAUAGCUCUAGUUUUUCAGAUUCAUCAUGACUGAUUGACACAUUAUAGUGUUUAAUUAACAUACAUAUUCAUUUUAAUUCUUUUAUUAUUAUUAUGACGCUAAGAAAAUUCCGAAACGUCCCAUAUCAUUUCCGCACAGCAUUCCCGAAUUUCACGUGUUAAACCUAGUUUCCCGUGAAGGAAGGAACAUUUUUGCGAAAAAGUUUCCUAAAUCACUAUAAGUUUCAUGAAUGCAGAUUUCAUACUGUUGUAAAAAACAUUUUUAGUUACCAGUGCGGAAAUUUAUUCAUCUUCUUUAUUAGGAUCUUUACCAUCAGCUCAGUUACGGCCCGUACAAACUGACUGAGCUCUAAACAGAGGCGAUGUCUCUGGAUAUCAAAGCUUUGCAAGUAUUGCAAGAAAAUGAGCUAUUCAAUUCGGUAUCUCUUUGCAAUUUUGUCAAC